CAUACCUCGGAUCGAGGAGCUCAGUGGCAGGAAUUGAUGUUAUUUUCGUCUGAAAUUUUACUUUACUCAAGUUACAUGAUAUUUGUUUUCCAUUUCGUCGAGAUUUUAAAAACGUUCACUCUACGAUUUGAGUGACGACGUACAGGCAGUUUUUGCCCAUUUGUUUAACUGCUCUGCCUGGUUUUUCUUUGGAAUUGAUUGUAUCCUUAAACAGAAUAUGGCCCAAAAUUCUGUUCUCGGAACUGUCAUCCUUCUCAUUUCCUCGACGACCUAUCUUGGACAGACAUCGGGCGAGAGUGAGGCAACAACUUCUUAUGAAAUUACCACCGACGCAUUCUUCGGCACCUUUGAAGACGUCCACAACAGCACCUUCCGCGAUGCACAAGGUGAUGUCUCUGAAACUGUCUUGUCGAGUACCUUUGGUCCAACGGAGGAAAUAGAGGGUACGACCAUGAUGAAUGGCCAAUGGUCCUGGACCCCAGUAUCCUGGACAUGGAACAUGGUUCUACAGCUCAUCCUAGGAAUCGUAGGCAUCCUUGGUAAUCUACUAGUCAUGCUCGUUCUGUUCAGACGACGAUCUCUCAGCAGGACCACAGACACUCUAAUCGGAGCUCUAGCACUUGCUGAUUUCGUCACCUCAAUUCUGAUCAUCCCCAUCCCAACAGCCGAGGUGGUACCGUCCACCUGGGUUGGUGAACUGUACUGCCGUAUCCUCUAUACAUCUUUUUUCAUGUGGCUCUUUGUCAGUGUGUCCAUCUUUACACUGACAACCAUAUCCAUCGAGCGUUUCUUUGCCGUUGUGUUUCCUAUCAAGUUUAACCGCAUCCUGCGUAAGCGUCACGUUGUCUUUGCCAUUCUUCUGAUCUGGCUUACAGCUGUUGUCGCAGAUAGCUUCAUCCCACUGGCUAUAUCCGUCGACCCCAGCACCCAAUCCUGCAUUUAUUCUUACUCUUCCCAGCUUGCCUCAGAGGUCGCAGGGGUCACUUCCUUCCUGCUUCACUUUCUCUUCCCUUCGCUCAUCAUGUUAGGCACACAGGCAGCCACGGCUUACGCCCUCUAUCAGCAAGCUCUGCUCUUCGGGAAAAAUGGCGACGGAAGUAGCCGAUCAACGUCAUCGUACCGCCUCCUGAAGGCCAAGAAUCGUGUGAUUAAACUACUUCUUAUAGUAAUAAUUGUCUUCAUAAUCUGCUGGGGACCAAACAGCAUAGGUUAUUUCCUCUUUAACGUAGGGGUUAUUGAUUACACGUAUCUCUAUGGAGAUCUUAAUCGCAUCCUGACUGUAUUGGCGUUCUGCAACUCGUGCGCUAACCCAUUCAUCUACACCAUCCAGUACCCUCAGUUUAGGAUAGCCAUUAAAGAACUGUUCACUGGCUCAAUGUCAUCGUUUGGGGCGCUAUUCGAUGGUCAUGUGGAAUCACCGACUAGGAACAACUCUGCACUCAAUAACUGUGACGAUAAGAGUAUCACACAGCUGACAACUAUUCCUUCACAUGCAGUGCCUGAGUGACCCGAGUAAUUAAUGUAGUCCGACAGCUCAUGAGAUCUAACGGUCCGGUAGACCUAAUGGUUCAGUAGCCUAACGGUCCGGUAAACUGACAGCCCAUGGGACCGAUAAUAAUGGUCUGAUGAACUCCCAGAAUUAUUGUAAGUAGACACACGAAAGCGAUGUGUGAGUCUCAUUAGGUUGUCGGUCUAGUGGGAUGUUUGUCUGAUGGGCCGUCGGUCUAUAGUGGCUUGUCAAUGUUACGGGCUUUCCGUCUCUAGGCCUGUCAGUCUCGUGGGCUCUCAGUUUUGUCGGCUGUAAUCUUUAAAAUGACAGUUUAUCAACGAUGGGGGAAAGUGCAAUUCAUGAAAAAAUUAUAGUUUCGUAUAAAUAGCAACCAAUGAACAACAGUCAUAACAUUUUGUUGAAUUAGUUUGGUCAAUGCUCUAUAAAUUGGCCAUUUUCGUAUUAAUGUAACCGAAGUUAUUUUCGUAAAGUGUCUCGACACGAAUGAUUUCAUUCACCUGUUACGAAUAAUUGUAUUUCAAUAUGAGUCAGGAUGCAAAUAGUAUUUAUCAUGUUCUGUUAGGAAGUGCAAACCAUUAUGUUUGUCCUACCUAAAGCAACAACUCAUAUAUGCAAUUGAAAUUCUGACUGUUGAGAUUCAGCCCGAAGGAAUCCCUCGCAACCGGCUCCAGUGAGACUUUGCCUACCUGGCUAAGCCUCAACCGCCUGAGAACUGGCUACGGACGAUGCAGAGUCCUAAUGCAGAGGUGGGGUCUAGGAGACGAACAAACAGCAUGUGAAUGCGGCCAGGAACAGACAAUGGAACACCUGCUAGUCUGCCCACUCCUGCCAGAGUCAUGCACCCAAAAUGACCUGGAAGCCGUGAAUUACCGUGCCAAAGCCUGUGUGGACCACUGGACGUGAUUCGAUAAGAAGAAGAAUGAAAUCAUUCGUAUCGAAGCGCUUCUCAAAGGCAUAUGCAUUAAGUUGGACCUUGUAAAAGACUUAUUUUUAUUGAAUUGGCUACCUUGUUUAUCUAUUGAUAGAUAUUUAACCUUUGUAAUUCAAUUAUUAUGUGCUAUAGUGGUUCUUACGCUGACUUUUACAUUAAAUGAUACAUGAACUUGAUUUAAAGAUUAUUUAGAUAUCAUUUCACUUUGGGAAAAAAAAAUCGAAGGAAUAGAAAUGAGAUUGAGUUUAUUAUAUGUUAUACACAGUAAAAGCCCGAAGCAGUUCGCAGACUGGUUUCAAUCAAGGCCGUGUUGAUACAAAGCAACUUAAUCAUGACGUAUAAACAAAAGUAAUAUAACACUGACAAAUUUACAACCAUAACACAACAAUAUAUAUAAAAUAAGCUAAAAACACUUAAGUUGAUUAUAACUAUAUUGAUAGGCUUAAAAUAUAAACAAUUUGAUUAUCAAAAUAUGUAUGUAUACAUACAUAGUAAAAACAAAACGUGACAGUGAGUAUAAAAAGAUAUUAAACAAGUUAAGAACAUAUGUAUGUAAUUAUGUUAAAUAUUAUAUAAGAAAAAUGCGUAAUCCAUAUGGUUUAGAAGUAACAUGAAGUAUGGAAUAAUACUAAAUACUUAAGAACAUAUAAAUACGGAUCAGUUAAAUAUUACAUGAAUAAUUUAAAAAGUUACCCCCUUCCCACACACUUAUUUCGUAUUACAUCAGUUUACCUUAAAAGCUUUUUUUCUUUUUAAAGAUUUAGCACCUUGUACAUCAUGUGGCAGGUUAUUUCAUGAAAAGGCCCUUCUAUAUUUGAAUGAUCUUUUCAUAGUCCCAGUCUUUGGUCUUAUUGUUUUCAAAUUAUACAGACUUGAACGUGUAUUGUAUGUAAGGUCAGAAAAUAUAAACUUGUCUACUAAAUAUUCAUAAGCUUGUUUUGAGACAAUCUAAUACAUCAUAAUUGCUACAUUUUUAAAAAUAAUAUGGAUAUUUAUAUAGCGCCGGUAUCCGCCAGGCUCUGACGCUCAUGGCGCUGUACAUACAUGUAUUACUAUCACAAAAAAUAUAACUUUCUUAACUAAAAUAAAGUAAACUAAAACAACACAAAUUAUUACGCUACAUUGACAUGAUUAAAAAGCACUGUUUAGAAGUGUUUUCCAUUUUUACUCUUGUUCAAUUUUCAUCUGAUGAGGAAUACCAAGAGGAUCUAUUAAUUAUUCGUGCUGCUCUAUUCUGAAUUUGGUGUAAUUUGUUUUUCUGUGUACUUCCACAUCCGCCCCAUACUACAUCGCAAUAGUUUAAGUGAGACAAUACUAGUGAAUUAUAAACCAAUUUCAUUUCAUAUUCAUAUACUAUAUAUAUAUAUAUAUUUUUUUUUAUAGAUUUGAGCAUAUAUAAUCCGUUACUUGCUUUUUAACGAAUAUUAUUAAUAUGUUUCUGCCAUGAUAACCUUCAUCUAAAAUUACCUCAACGUGUCUACACUUACUAACUCGAGUUAACAAAUUAUUAUCCAUAGUAAUUUUAAAAUCAGUAUCUUUAACUUUAUCCAGAUGUUGUUUCGUAUCGAAUAAAAUGUAUUAAGUUUUUUAAUAUUCAAAUUAACAGAUAAUACGAAUGAAUUGAUGAAGAUAUGAACAACUAAAGAAAGAUUUGGAUGAAUAAAUGGUUUGGAAUGAUAUUAAACAAGUAUUUUUCAAGUUUUCAAUAUAAGUGUGUUAAUUACUUUAAUAUCAAUUUCAAAUAAAUGUCUCUAUAGUGAUUUGUAUGUUCUUGUCUGUAUUUUUUUUCUUGUCUCCAAACACUUUCUAAAUUAAAAUGAUUUCAAAAA